AUGGCAAAAACUUUCCAUUCCUUUUCAAGGCUCCCGGCCGAGCUCAGACUAUGUAUUUGGGAAACGGCAGUUGGACCCUCGGGUCCCAACCACGCAGGAGUUCACUUCUUUUCACUACACAGCCGAAUCGAGGACGAUAGAGACCGCGGCCCCUUCGUAACAACAAUCCCUCCGUUCAAGGGGGAAUCCAAGUCACCGUGGAAAGAGACGGAAGAAAACCCUUCAACGUAUUUCUUCGAUUUCGGUAUGUGGAUGGCGUGCAGGGAAUCGAGAACCGUCGUCAUCAGGGAGAUGAGCAGACGAUUCGCACAUCAGAAAGGAGACCCGGUCCGCAGCUUCGUACGCGCGCGGUAUAACCAGGAAGAGAUCACUUUCGGCCUCAGGCCGCGGGACGACCUCAUUUGCGUACGGUUCUCGGAAGAUCCGAAGGCUUUCGAGAUUUACGAUCUGUACGACGUUCUCGACAUCCGAUUACACAGACCCGAGGACUGCUACGUCUUUCCGUAUAUGGAUAUCGCGUUCGAAUACGACGCGUCCUCCUGGACGUUUGAUCCGAAAGAGGCUCACAUCGUCGACUUGCAGAGCGAACCGGGUCCGCGGGGGGCUUUUCUCACGAUUCUCGAACAAAUCAUCCAGGGCGAAAUACGCGCGACUCUCUUUCUCAUCGAGUACGGGGCGACCCUGAAACCAGACGGGAGGGCGUAUGGGACAUUUUAUGGGAACGGGUUCAACUUCGCGUCUGUGGCUGAGGACGAUGUUGAGAUGGAAUGCACUGAAGGCCGCCGCAUGGACGCCUGGGAAUUCAUAGAUGCGGUAGAUGAGUGUGGGGAGGGAUGGUGGAAAGGAGAGAAAGAUAACCAGGACGGGUAUGGUUUGCGUUGUAGGUGCUGUGAGCUGCUUUCUGGAGAGCACAUCGGCAUACAUGCAGCGUCGCACAUAGGUGUGCUAGUGUGUCAAGAAGCUUAG